AGAAAGAUAAAAUAUAAGGCAAAACCGUGUACCUUCUGGGAGGGGAUUUUGAGUAUACCAGAAAUAUCACUAAGUGUACAGUUUGCUUUCUACCAAUUUUACAUUUUAAUUCUAAUCAACUUAUAGAAAGUCAAUUUAAUGGUGAACAAUAUUUAAGUGUUGGUGUGUUCUAAAUUCAAUUUAAUCUAGCAAAUUCUUACAAAAUUAGAAUUUAAAAAAAAAUUGUUUGAAUAACAAGAAUGGUUGAACUAAACAAAAUUACUUAUUUUGCCAUUUUUUCAUUAUAUUUUUUGUCUUCAUCUGUGAGUGCAUCGUGCAUAUCUGCAAGUGUCAGUGACGAACCCUUUUAUGUUGCGAGGAAAAUGACAUUCCACUUAUAUACAAGAAACACGCACACUGAGUAUACCCUGCAUGGGAUAUCUGGCUUGAAAAAGAAAUUCUCCAGUGAAAAGCUUACAAAAAUACUCGUCCAUGGUUGGCACAAUGGACUGAAUUCUACUUUUGUUUCAACGCUGCAUAAUGCUUAUCUUGAACGCUACGAUGCCAACGUAAUAGUAGUCGAUUGGUCCAAAUAUGCCAGUUGCUAUAACUAUUUAAAAUCAAAAGAAAGCAUUUCUGCAGUUGGAAAAGCAAUUGCUUUUAUGAUAAUGGAGUUAGAGGAGAAAACAGGCCUGAAUUUAAACAGAACACACAUGAUCGGUUUCAGCUUGGGCGCUCAUGUUUCUGGAAUUGCUGGAAUGUUUUUGAAAUCUGGGCGCCUGUUCAGGAUAACGGGGCUUGACCCAGCAGGACCCUUCUUCUCGAUUGAAAACUUAUUCAUGUUGAACAAAGACUCUGCACAAUUUGUGGACGUGAUACACACCAGUAUGAGAGCUGCAGGGACAAGAUAUAAACUAGGUCAUGUUGAUUUUUACCCCAAUGGUGGAACUUCCGGUUUCAAUGUUUUAAGAAGCCAUCGAGAUGCAUACGAGUACUUUAGUGAAUCCAUUGCCAACAAGAGAAAAUUUUUGGCCAAACGAUGUGAGAGUUGGGCCCAUUUUAAAAGCGACAAUUGCCCUUACUUCCAAUUUACAGACAUGGGUGAAUAUGUUUCAACAGAAAGGCAGGUUUUUUCUGCAGACAAAUUUGUAUCCACCAUACGCAAGGAAUACAGAGUCAGCUUUUUACAGUACAAAAGUAAAUAUAAAAAGAUAUUUGGGGAUUAUCGGUUAUUUGUUUGAUUACUAAUUAUAUUCAAGUUAUAUAAUGUGAAAUUAAUUUGAUAUUCACGCUUGGAACCGAUGAAAAAAAUUCAUGUUUUAACUUUUUACAAACGACGAAUUUUAAAAUAGAUUUAGUAAAACUAUUCGCUAUU